CUCAUUUCUCGUUUCUUAUUUCAUUCUCGAAUUUCCAUUUCCGAGCUUCGGAAGGGAAACCAUGAGCAUGAAGCCAUCGCAGGGUAUCCAGAGCUCGCUCCCGGACGAUAUUGUCCUCAAAAUCGUUUCAUUACUUCAGGUACAGGAUGUUUGUGCAUUGGGUAGUUGCUGUCGGUUCUGGAGGGAGUCGUGCGAGUCUGACUGCAUAUGGGAGUUUCUCGCAAGGGAAAGAUGGCCUUCUCUCAGCCUCUUCAAUCAGUCCAGAACUCUCAGUCCCACCCAAGCCCCAAUCUCCAAGGGAUGGAGAUGCUUUUACAUAAAGAGGCACAAAGAGAUCGCAGGAAUGGUUGCUGUGGUAACCGAGUCCAUGGAAAAGAACUUGCUGACUGGAUCACUUGAGGUUGGAGACUAUCUGAAAGCAGUUGGGGACUUGUGCACCAUGCAUCUUGGAUUUAAGGAUGUACAAAUGCUCUUGUUCAAACUGCAGCAUAAUGUGCUGAUUAACUUGGUUGGCUUGCAUUACUGCAUGUAUUGGCUGGGCGUGCCGGGCGAGAAAGUUGUUGAAGCACUUCAAAGUUGCAAGAUUUCAAAGCGUGGAGUGUGCAUCAAAUGGUGGAAGCUUGGGCGAUUGUUUUAUGGCUUUCGCAUGCGGGAUGAGUCUCAUUCACGUCGGGUCUCUCUGGAAGAUUUUGCGUUGGCCAAAGAACAGGAGGCUCUUGUAGUGCUUCAGCGAGGAGCCAUUUAUGAGGUUUUACGCGUUCAAAUCUCUGCUGCUGAUCCCCCAUUCACUCCUUAAUCUUGCCAAAGCACACAGAGACAGGAAUAAGCAAUGCAGAAAAUUUGUUGUAUAUAACAUUUAUAUCUUGUAAUUCUCGUUAUAAUGAUACUUAUAUAAUUUGAUGUAUGUACAUAUUGAUGCAUUAUCCAUUUAUCAUAGUCAUAAAGUCUGCCUUCCAUGUCCGGAGUGUAUAAAAUGUUCUUUGGAUAAGUGUGAUAUGUACUAUUUACAGGCAAGGCUUGUAUUCAAAUGUUUGAUGAACUCGCCAAUCCUCUGA